AUGUUGCGAGCAGCAGCAUUGCGAGAAUACAGCAUGGGCUAUCAAAACGUUAAGCGUUGUAUUAAUAUAGUACAUCGUGUACAGAUUCAUAAAACUCUUCAUCGGCACUCCAUACCACCGAGUUCUGAAUCAGUCUUGAGAUCUCGUUUCGAUCGCCAGAAAAUGAACGCGGCGAAACGAAACAUGUUGCGAGCAGCAGCAUUGCGAGAAUACAGCAUGGGCUAUCAAAACGUUAAGCGUUGUAUUAAUAUACGUUGUAUUAAUAUAGUACAUCGUGUACAGAUUCAUAAAACUCUUCAUCGGCACUCCAUACCACCGAGUUCUGAAUCAGUCUUGAGAUCUCGUUUCGAUCGCCAGAAAAUGAACGCGGCGAAACGAAACAUGUUGCGAGCAGCAGCAUUGCGAGAAUACAGCAUGGGCUAUCAAAACGUUAAGCGUUGUAUUAAUAUAGUACAUCGUGUACAGAUUCAUAAAACUCUUCAUCGGCACUCCAUACCACCGAGUUCUGAAUCAGUCUUGAGAUCUCGUUUCGAUCGCCAGAAAAUGAACGCGGCGAAACGAAACAUGUUGCGAGCAGCAGCAUUGCGAGAAUACAGCAUGGGCUAUCAAAACGUUAAGCGUUGUAUUAAUAUAGUACAUCGUGUACAGAUUCAUAAAACUCUUCAUCGGCACUCCAUACCACCGAGUUCUGAAUCAGUCUUGAGAUCUCGUUUCGAUCGCCAGAAAAUGAACGCGGCGAAACGAAACAUGUUGCGAGCAGCAGCAUUGCGAGAAUACAGCAUGGGCUAUCAAAACGUUAAGCGUUGUAUUAAUAUAGUACAUCGUGUACAGAUUCAUAAAACUCUUCAUCGGCACUCCAUACCACCGAGUUCUGAAUCAGUCUUGAGAUCUCGUUUCGAUCGCCAGAAAAUGAACGCGGCGAAACGAAACAUGUUGCGAGCAGCAGCAUUGCGAGAAUACAGCAUGGGCUAUCAAAACGUUAAGCGUUGUAUUAAUAUAGUACAUCGUGUACAGAUUCAUAAAACUCUUCAUCGGCACUCCAUACCACCGAGUUCUGAAUCAGUCUUGAGAUCUCGUUUCGAUCGCCAGAAAAUGAACGCGGCGAAACGAAACAUGUUGCGAGCAGCAGCAUUGCGAGAAUACAGCAUGGGAUAA